AUGAUCAUCACCCGAGGAAUAUCCCUGACCAACUUUGCCGUGGCAUCCUCUGCCCUGGCGUUCCAAGUCUUUGUUCUCUAUCCGUGGCACAAGCAGUUGGACGACGACUUCGAGGCGUUGAAGAAGGAGCAUCUCCGACUUCUUCACAAGAUUGAGACAGUCGGCUUUGGGCAGCCCAAGGGAAUCCGGGAAUAA